AUGUUUGGGACGGGGGGAGAGGAUGGGAAAGGCGACGAGAGGAAAGGGGAGAGGAGGGAGGUAGUAGAAGGAGAGAAAGAGAAUUGUCAAGGAGAAGAGAAGGGGAGAAGGAAGAGGUCGACUGUAGUCGGUUCUGGUCCAAUAUUAUGAUGAAGGUGACGAAAUGUGUUUCCUUUCAGCUUGUGACAGCUGUGUGAUCGUCUUGUUGGAGGAUCUGGACAAAAUGAACAACAGCUUUGGCUCCAUUGCUCAUCAGCUGACCAACCUGAACGCUUCCUCUAUCGCUUGGGCCCUCGCUACCCAACGCCAUAGACAUAUCGCCUGGGAAGCACACAAACAACACACAACACACACAACACCACACACCACACCACCACAACACACACACACAAAUUUAGACACACACACACCACACACACCACACCACACACACACACCACACACACACACACACACACACACACACACAAAUACUCAAUAAAUGCACAUACAUCAUAUGUUUGUCUAAAAACACUAAUUCAAUCUGUUGACUGAGAUUGACUCUGUUUCCCAGAAUGCCACAGAGAACUACAACAGUACUCUGGAUGAGAGCAGGAACAGAGUGGACAUGUUGGAGGGAGAGAUCAUGACCAUCAACUCAGACAUCAAUGACCUGGAGGAGAAGGUGAUGAUGAUCUGUGAUGACCCUCUCUGUCCACACUUCUCUCUCAUUAUUUAAUCAGUUAUUCAGCUCAAUGACACUCUCUGUCCACACUUCUCUCUCAAUAUUUAAUCAGUUAUUCAGCUCAAUGACCCUCUCUGUCCACACUUCUCUCUCAUUAUACAUUUAUUAUUCUCAGUUUCCUUUUUAAAAUGUGUAUUAUCCUUAAUUUUUCACAUAAAUGUUUAUUAUUUAAAUUCAUAACAGUUUCAAGUGUUCAAAUACAUACAUAUGUGUAUAUAUUUUUAUCCCCACUACUCCAACGUCAGCUUAUUGUAAUUAAUGCAGUUUGAUGGUAAGGAUGAAGGACAGCUGUACUGAUGUAAUGUUGUCCUCCCACCAGGUGGUGGCGACUGCAGACAAAGCAGACAGUCUGGGGAAUAGCAGCAGUAACACCCAUCAGAGAGCCCAGAACCUGCUCUCACACAUCAACAACAUCAUAGGAGAGGUGGAAGGUAGCAGCCUCUGGGAAAUCUUUAUGGGGGACACUAAAUCUGAGUUGAUGUUGUCAGUGAAAAUUAUUCAUUAAGAGUUCAUCCCUCAUUUUGUUGGAUUAAAGUACAUCCAUAAAACAUAAAACUCUCAUUCUAUUAGAGAUACACUACAUUACCAAAAGGAUGUGGACACGUGCUCGUCGAACAUCUCAUUCCAAAAUCAUGGGCAUUAAUAUGGAGUUGGUCCCCCCUUUGCUGCUAUAACAGCCUCCACUCUUCUGGGAAGGCUUUCCACUAGAUGUUGGAACAUUACUGCGGGACUGCUUCCAUUCAGCCACAAGAGCAUUAGUGAGGUCGGGCACUGAUGUUGGGCGAUUAGGCCUGGCUCGCAGUCGGCAUUUCAAUUAAUCCCAAAGGUGUUCGAUGGAGUUGAGGUCAGGGCUCUAUGCAGGCCAGUCAAGUUCUUCCACACCGACCUCGACAAACCAUUUCUUGGACCUCACUUUGUGCACAGGGGCAUUGUCAUGGGCCUUCCCCAAACUGUUGCCACAAAGUUGGAAGCACAGAAUCGUCUAGAAUGUCAUUGUAUGCUGCAGCUUUAAGAUUUCCGUUCACUGGAACUAAGGGGCCUAGCCCAAACCAUGAAAAACCGCCCCAGACCAUUAUUCCUCCUCCACCAAACUUUACAGUUGGCACUAUGCAUUCGGGCAGGUAGCGUUCUCCUGGCAUCCGCCAAACCCAGAUUCGUCCGUCGAACUGCCAGAUGGUGAAGUGUGAUUCAUCACUCCAAAGUCCAAUGUCAGCGAGCUUUACACCACUCCAGCUGACGCUUGGCAUUGCACAUGGUAAUCUUAGCCUUGUGUGCGGCUGCUCGGCCAUGGAAACCCAUUUCAUGAAGCUCCCGACAAACAGUUAUUGUGCUGAUGUUGCUUCCAGAGGCAGUUUGGAACUCGGUAGUGAGUGUUGCAACCGAGGACAGACGAUUUUUACGUGCUUCAGCACUCGGCGGUCCCGUUCUGUGAGCUUGUGUGGCCUACCACUUCCCUGCUGAGCCGUUGUUGCUCCUAGACGUUUCCACUUCACAAUAACACCACUUACAGUUGACCGGGGCAGCUCUAGCAGGGCAGCAAAUUGACGAACUGACUUGCCACUGAGCUCUUCAGUAAGGCCAUUCUACAGCCAAUGUUUGUCUAUGGAGAUUGCAUAGCUGUGUGCUCGAUUUUAUACACCUGUCAGCAACGGGUGUGGCUGAAAUAGCCGAAUCCACUAAUUUGAAUGGGUGUCCACAUACUUUUGUACAGUGCCUUCGGAAAGUAUUCAGACCCCUUAACUUUUUCCACAUUUUGUUACGUUACAACCUUAUUCUAAAAUGUAUUAAAUAAAACAUGUUCCUCAGCAAUCUACACAAAAUACCCCAUAAUGACAAAGCGAAAACAGGUUUUUUAGAAAUGUUUGCAAAUAUAAAAAAUUAAAAACAUAAGUAUUCAAACCCUUUGCUAUGAGACUCAAAAUUUAGCUCAGGUGCAUCCUGUUUCCAUUGAUCAUCCUUGAGAUGUUUCUACAAAUUGAUUGGAGUCCACCUGUGGUAAAUUCAAUUGAUUGGACAUGAUUUGGAAAAGCACACACAUUUACAUUUACAUUUACGUCAUUUAGCAGACGCUCUUAUCCAGAGCGACUUACAAAUUGGUGCAUUCAACUUAUGAUAGCCAGUGGGACAACCACUUUUUUUUUGUGGGGGAGGGGUGGGGUAGAAGGAUUACUUUUAUACUAUUCUAGGUAUUCCUUAAAGAGGUAGGGUUUCAAGUGUCUCCGGAAGGUGGUCAGUGACUCCGCUGUCCUGGCGUCGUGGGGGAGCUUGUUCCACCAUUGGGGUGCCAGAGCAGCGAAUAGCUUUGACUGGGCUGAGCGGGAACUGUGCUUCCGUAGAGGUAGGGGAGCUAGCAGGCCAGAGGUGGGUGAACGUAGUGCCCUCGUUUGGGUGUAGGGUCUGAUCAGAGCCUGAAGGUAAGGAGGUGCCGUUCCCCUCACAGCUCCGUAGGCAAGCACCAUGGUCUUGUAGUAGAUGCGAGCCUCAACUGGAAGCCAGUGGAGUGUGCAGAGGAGCGAGGUGACAUGAGAGAACUUGGGAAGGUUGAACACCAGACGGGCUGCAGCGUUCUGGAUAAGUUGUAGGGGUUUAAUGGCACAGGCAGGGAGCCCAGCCAACAGCGAGUUGCAGUAAUCCAGACGGGAGAUGACAGUGCCUGGAUUAGGACCUGUGCCGCUUUCUGUGUAAACACCUGUCUAUAUAAGGUCCCACAGUUGACAUAGCAAAAACCAAGCCAUGAGGUCAAAGGAAUUGUGCGUAGAGCUCCGAGACAGGAUUGUGUCGUGGCACAGAUCUGGGGAAGGGUACCAAAAAAUGUCUGCAGCAUUGAAGGUCCCCAAGAACACAGUGGCCUCCAUCAUUCUUAAAUGGAAGAAGUUUGGAACCACAAAUAAUCUUCCUAGAGCUGGCCGCCCGGCCAAACUGAGCAAUCGUGGGAGGAGAAGGGCCUUGGUCAGGGAGGUGACCAAGAACCCAAUGGUCACUCUGACAGAGCUCUAGAGUUCCUCUGUGGAGAUGAGAGAACCUUCCAGAAGGACAACCAUCUCUGCAGCACUCCACCAAUCAGACCUUUAUGGUAGAGUGGCCAGACGGAAUCCACUCCUCAGUAAAUGACACAUGACAGACCGCUUGAAGUUUGCCAAAAGGCACCUAAAGACUCUCAGACCAUGAGAAACAAGAUUCUCUGGUCUGAUGAAACCAAGAUUGAACUCUUUGGCCUGAAUGCCAAGCGUCACGUCUGGAGGAAACCUGGCACCAUCCCUACGGUGAAGCAUGGUGGUGGCAGCAUCAUGCUGUGGGGAUGUUUUUCAGCGGCAGGGACUGGGAGACUUGUCAGGAUCGAGGCAAAGAUGAACGGAGCAAAGUACAGAGAGAUCCUUGAUGAAAACCUUCUCCAGAGCGCUCAGGACCUCAGACUGGGGCGAAGGUUCACCUUCCAACAGGACAACGACCCUAAGCACACAGCCAAGACAACAACGGAGUGGCUUCGGGACAAGACUCUGAAUGUCCUUGAGUGGCCCAGCCAGAGCCCAGACUUGAACCCGAUCGAACAUCUCUGGAGAGACCUGAAAAUAGCUGUGCAGCAACGCUCCCCAUCCAACCUGACAGAGCUUGAGAGGAUCUGCAGAGACGAAUGGGACAAACUCCCCAAAUACAGGUGUGCCAAGCUUGUAGCGUCAUACCCAAGAAGACUUGAGGCUGUAAUCGCUGCCAAAGGUGCUUCAACAAAGUACUGAGUAAAGGGUCUGAAUACUUAUGUAAAUGUCAUAUUUUGUUUGUUAUAUUUGAUAAAUUAGCAAACAUUUCUACCAACCUGUUUGUGCUUUGUCAUUAUGGGGUAUUGUAUGUAGAUAGAUGAGAUUUUAAAAAAACGAUGUAAUCCAUUUUAGAACAAGACUGUAACGUAACAAAAUGUGGGAAACGUCAAGGGGUCUGAAUACUUUCCGAAAGCACUGUAUGCCGUCAUGUAGCCUCCUGUUCCAAAAACCCAGACAAUAUAGUUAGGUAUAAAGCCUAAUAUUCUCAGCCUAAAACCCAAAACAAGAGGAAAGCAUCACUCAUCCACCCCCUCCUCCCUAUCAUCCAAUGAAACAGAGGUUUGGCUUAAAACUAGAGUCUUUCAUUUAAACAAUUACAAAACAGCCACAACGUAACAAAAUUUGGGAAAAGUCAAGGGGUCUGAAUACUUUCCUAAGGCACUGUAUAUAUAGUGUAUAAAGUACAUUUAGUUGGGGUUUUACAGUGCAUAUAACAAGUGUUUUCUCUCUCUCUGCCUAUCCAGACUUCAUGCUGCAGAAUAACCGUACAGGUCUGAAUGAGACGGAGGUGGAGGAGGACCUGUCUGAGAAGAUGAAGCAGGUGGAGGUCAUGCUGAGAGAGAUGAGAUUUAAGAGCUGUGUCAGACAGAAGAAGAUAGCAGACAGAGAGCUGUCCGAGGCUGAGAAAUGUGAGUAGCACCUGGAGCCAGAGAGAGAGAGAGAGGGUGAAGGAGAGGGAGGGAGAGAGAGGAGGGAGGGAGGGGGGAUGGAGGAGAGAGAGAGGGAGGAGGGGGAUGGAGAGAGAGAGAGAGGGGAAGGAGAGGAGAGAGGGGGAGGGAGGGAGGGGGAUGGAGAGAGAGAGGGAGGGGAGGGGGAUGGAGAGAGAGAGAGGGUGAAGGAGAGGGAGGGAGAGAGAGGGAGGGAUGGAGGGGGAUGGAGAGAGGGAGGGAGGGAGGAAGGGAGGGGGGAUGGAGAGAGAGAGAGAGGGCGAAGGAGAGGGAGGGAGAGAGAGGGAGGGAGGGGGGAAGGGAGGGAGGGGGAUGGAGAGAGAGAGAGGGAGGGAGGGAGAGAUAAGGUUCAAGAGUUGGUCUGAAGAAGACAGCAGAGAGCUGUCCGAGGCUGAGAAACAUGAGUUCAACUACAGAAAUAACAUUACUGGAGUGGAAAUCCCCAUUCAAGUCAAACUUCCUCUGAUGGGCAGCUGGUCAUAUUGACUGUACCUACCCAGAACCUAGGUUGAAGUUAACCUAGGUUAGGACAACCUAAUAAUUCCAUGAGGAAGCUUUUUGAAAAAUAAACAGCUUCGUGGGACUAGCGCCAUUGCCAACUAGCAUCGCUGGUCCCUUUGUUCAGAAAUAAUUUAUGCAAAAAGUUGUGGGAUAUUAGAAUCCUGUUUGUAUCCUUGGUUAUCGUCAACCUAGCCCAUAACCAGGAAGUACUAUUUCACUGAGCCACACCUGGAGGAGCUGUGGUCCAUGUGUACGUCUGACACGUCUUACUGUACUGCGUUGUAUUACUGUACUGCGUUGCAUUACUGUACUGCGUUGUAUUCACAACCUUCUGGUCAUUAUACUUAAGGUGUGUUUCUUUUCUCCCUAGUGCUGGAGAAGGUGAAAGACCAGCUGGUGAGUCGUGUGGAGGAGAACGAGGGCUUGGUGAAGGACGUCAGGGAGCGUCUUGGGAAGUUCCACGACCAACUGAUGGACCUGAGGGACGCUCUGAACCAGGCGGUUAACAACACCGCCCUCGCCUCCGAUACUAACGCUGUUAAUGAGAAGAGGAUGGAGGAGGGUCAGGUAACACACACACACACACACACACACACACACACACACACACACACACACACACACACACACACACACACACACACACACACACACACACACACACACACACACACACACACACACACACACACACACACACACACACACACACACACACACACACACACAUAGGAAAGCAGUAUGAGAGUUUAUCCACAAUCAGACACAGACAUCCUUUUUUUACAUAUUCAACUCUUUUUGACCUGCAAUGUUUGAACUCAUCAUAGUGUUUCUCUCCUCAGCAAAAGGUGGAUGAGUUGAAUGGGAAGCAUAAGGUGGUGGAGGAUCUCCUGCAGAUGGCAGAGGAUGAUGUAGCGACCGUCAACGACAUGCUGUCUAUGCUGCACGACUCCAAGGAGGUGAGCCUCAUCCCUUACAGAGUUUAAAAAAUAUAUAUAUAGUAGUCCCCUCACAUAUCACCCUCAUCAAGACCGUAUUAGUCUAAACACUAGGGCCGUGGAAAAAGUGAUUAAAACACAGUUAAAGACAGAAAAUCCCUAAUGUCAGAAACGAUCUAAACAUUUUACAUUACAUUUACAUUUUAGUCAUUUAGCAGACGCUCUUAUCCAGAGCGACUUACAGUUAGUGAGUUCAUACAUUAUUAAAAAAAAAAAAAUUCAUAAACAAAGUCAGGCAGUCCCUGAAAAUCUCCAAGCAGAUCUCAAGCAGUCUGAUUAGAACUCAAACAUUCCCAUUGUACAAUAAAACCUUUAUCUAAAAAGACUCCAGCCACCCAAGACAUAGACUGUUCUCUCUGCUACCGCACGGCAAGCGGUACCGAUGCAGCAAAUCUGGAACCAACAGGACCCUGAACAGCUUCUAUCCCCAAAUAGUUAGUUAAAUAGUUAGUUAAAUAGUUAACCAAUAGCUACCCAGACUAUCUGUAUUGACCCCUUUUUACACUAACUCUCUCUUGACUCAUCACGUACACUGCUGUUACUGUUUAUUAUCUAUCCUGUUGCCUAGUCACUUUAUCCCUAGUUAUAUGUACAUAUCUACCUCAAUUACCUCGUACCCCUGUACAUCGACUCAGUACUGGUACCCCUGUACAUCGACUCAGUACUGGUACCCCUGUACAUCGACUCAGUACUGGUACCCCUGUACAUAGACUCAGUACUGGUACCCUGUACAUAGACUCAGUAUGGUACCCUGUACAUCGACUCAGUACUGGUACCCUGUACAUCGACUCAGUACUGGUACCGCCUGUACAUAGACUCAGUCUGCUACCCCUGUACAUCGACUCAGUACUGGUACCCACAGGUACAUAGACUCAGUAUGGUACCCCUUACAUAGACUCAGUAUGGUACACCCUGUAAUAGACUCAGUACUGGUACCACCUGUACAUAGACUCAGUACUGACUCCCUGUACAUAGACUCAGUACUGGUACCCUGUACAUAGACUCAGUUUACUGUACCCCUUGUACUUUUAGCUCAGUACUGGUACCAGCGCUUACAUAGAUCAGUACUGUACCCCUGUUAAUAGACUUCAUACAGGUACCCUGUAUAUAGACUCAGUACUGGUCCCCUGUAUAUAGACUCAGUACUGGUACCCUGUACAUAGACUCAGUACUGGUCCCUCCUGCUACAUAGACUCAGUACUGGUACCCUUGUACAAGACUCAGUACUGGUACCAUCCUGUACAUAGACUCAUACUGGUACCCCUGUACAUAGACUCAGUUAUGGUACUACCUGUACAUAGACUCAGUACUGGUACCCCUGUACAUAGACUCAGUACUGGUACUCCUGUACAUAGACUCGUACUGGUAUCCUCCGUGUACUAGACUCAGUAUUGGUACCCCUGUACAUAGACUCAGUACUGGUACCCCUGUACAUAGACUCAGUACUGUACCCUGUACAUAGACUCAGUACUGGUACCCCUGUACAUAGACUCAGUACUGGUACCCCUGUACAUAGACUCAGUACUGGUACCUCCUGUACAUAGACUCAGUACUGGUACCCCUGUACAUAGACUCAGUACUGGUACCCCUGUACAUAGACUCAGUACUGGUACCCCUGUACAUAGACUCAGUACUGGUACCCCUGUAUUAGACUCAGUACUGGUACCCCUGUACAUAGACUCAGUACUGGUACCCCUGUACAUAGACUCAGUACUGGUACCCCUGUAUAUAGACUCAGUACUGGUACCCCUGUAUAUAGACUCAGUACUGGUACCCCUGUAUAUAGACUCAGUACUGGUACCCCUGUAUAUAGACUCAGUACUGGUACCCCUGUACAUAUACUCAGUGCUGGUACCCCUGUACAUAGACUCAGUGCUGGUACCCCUGUACAUAGACUCAGUACUGGUACCCCUGUACAUAGACUCAGUACUGGUACCCCCCUGUACACCGAGUAUACCAAACAUUAGGAACACUUUCCUAAUAUUGAGUUUUAUUCAUUGAUGUUUUUAAAUCUAGAAUCUCCUGUCUCCUUUAAACCCCUUUCUCUCUAGGAGUAUGAGCGUUUGGCUGCUCAGUUGGAUGGUGCCAGGAUGCCCCUGGCAGAAAAGGUGCAGACGUUUGCCCCCUCCCUCAGUAAGAUACCGCUGGUGGAGGCAGCAGAGACACAUGCUGAACUACUCAGUGAGCUGGCCAUGAACCUCUCCAGGUGAGGAGUUGAUGGGUUGAUGGAUGGAUAUUGACUGAUUGAUUGAUUGAUUGAUUGAUUGAUUGAUUGAUUGAUUGAUUGAUUGAUUGGUUGCUUUUUUUGGUUGAUGGAUGGAUGGAUGGUUGGUUGGUUGGUUGAUUGAUUGAUUUGACGUCGACUUCAUGUUUUCUCCUCUGUGGUUGCAGUGUGAUCUCCAACACCAACAAGGAUGGUUUCAUCCAGCGAGCGGUGAACGCGUCCCGGGCGUACACCAACAUCAUCGCCGGAGUCAGAGACGCUGAGAUUGCUGCCAACCAAGCCAACAAAGCUGCCAUGGAUGCACUGGAGGUACGGGAAACAUACACACACAUACACGUAUUUCCUACAUUGUGAGGACCAUGACAGAGCACACACACAUACACGUAUUUCCUACAUUGUGAGGACCAUGACAGAGCACACACACAUACACGUAUUUCCUACAUUGUGAGGACCAUGACAGAGCACACACACAUACACGUAUUUCCUACAUUGUGAGGACCAUGACAGAGCACACACACAUACACAUAUUUCCUACAUUGUGAGGACCAUGACAGAGCACACACACAAAAGACACUCUGAGACUCACAGAAACAGCAUUACACACUAUAUGCAAUGCAUAUGUGUGGCACCUAAACAAUGCCAUAAUGGGCCUGUAAGAAGCUAACAUACAGUAUGUUUGUUGUGUUGUUGUUGAUUUGUGCAGAAUGUGAAGGGUCAGGACCUGGGUCAGGUAGCUGACGGUCUGAGGAAGCACAGUUCUGAACUGGUGGAGGAAGCUGAUACACUGCAACAGGAGCUGGGCAAUAAUGGUAAUAAUGGUAAUAAUGGUAAUACUGGCAAUAAUGGUAAUAAUGGUACUAAUGGUAAUCAUUGUUAUAAUGGCAAUAAUGGUAAUCAUGGUAAUCAUGGUAAUCAUGGUAAUCAUGGCAAUCAUGGUAAUCACGGUAAUCACGGUAAUCAUGGUAAUAAUGGUAAUCAUGGUAAUCAUGGCAAUCAUGGUAAUCACGGUAAUCACGGUAAUCACUGUAAUAAUGGUAAUCACGGUAAUAAUGGUAAUCAUGGUAAUCAUGGUAAUCAUGGUAAUCAUGGUAAUCAUGGUAAUACUGGUAAUAAUGGAACAACUAUUGUUUCCUCCCACCUCAGAUGAAUAGGGUCAGAACAUUCUGGAAACUUUCCCCAAAUUGAAAUCAGGAGGGAUUAAACAGGGAGGAAACUAGGACUUCUGGUAAAAACUGGGAAUUAAGGUUACAACCCUAGUGUUAAAUGCUUGUCGCUUGAUGUUUUAUUUUUUUGUGCUGAUUUUCUUUAACAGCAAGAAAACUUUAUUUUAUUUCAUAACUUAUUGUUGCCUUUCUCCUGUUAGAUCUGAAGCCCCAGCUCCGGGAUGCCAGGGCUCGUCUGGAUGAGGCCAAGCAUAAACAGAAGACUCUACUGAAAGACCUUGAGAUGGUGCAGAGUUAA